AUGACUACUCAAGAUAAAACCAGAGCUACACCAUUGGACGUCGAUGAUUUGCGGCUCGUUGUUGAAAGAAUGGCAAAUCGGAGCAGUGUUCGACCGGGCGGAAAAGUAUCCUUUCUUAUCAAUACAUAUAUUUAUUUUUUGUCGACGAAUUCAGGUCUGAGGAGGAAGAAAAAAUCCCCAAUUUUGUUUAGGAUUAUCAUUCAUUGAAUGAUUGAAAAACGAGAAGCGACUCUUAAGAUUUGUUGUUGUGCUUAGGUGUCGCAACGGAAAAUUUUUUAUUGAGUUUACCCAAUUUUGAUAAAAUAAGUUUCAGAUGUGGUACAAAAAAAGCCAGUUCUACCAGCUGUUUUCAAAAGAGUUUGAUAUGGGUACACCCGUUGAAACACCAUACCGUAAAAUGAUACGCAUGCUGAAAUAUAUAUAAAAAAAGACUUUUCGGCCAGUGAACUAUCCCAAAAUUUUGUCAUCUUUGAUUAUUUAAACUAUGAAGGCUUCAUUCUUCCGUUCUUCAAUCAUGCAUUCGUCGCCAUCGUCGUCGAGUAACUCAACACGUAGUCGCGCCAGUUCGUGUCAAAGGUCGCCAUUAGCCAACAACGGUUGGCAAGCAGAAAAUAUGAACGAUAAAAACAAGAAAAAAUCUUUCCAGACUCGAUAAAUGAUCAAUCUCUAUCCCCAAUCGAAAACAGGUCAUCAGAGGUUAUUCUCGAUGAAAACAUUGAAUCAGAGCCGACGGCCGAGUGCGGGGACGAUAGAGCUCGAAUAAUAAUCCAAGAGAUUGUCGUAAAAAAUCAAAACGGCGGUUUGAAAAAACCAACACCAGAUGACGGUCAUCACAACACUAGAAAACGAGGCCGAACCGUUCCUAUUGAGCUGAAGCCAAGGACCAUCGGUGAGAUACUUCGAAUUCAGGCCCACACUGUUUCAAAGAACUUAAAAUCUUCAUUUGAAAAAAUUCUCUUGCGAACACCCAAUUUUAAAAGCUGUAUCAUCAUUUUUACUUACUUUCAACAAUAGUCCCGUCAUGAACACCUUUUUAUGGUCAAAAAAUAUUGAAAAAACCUCGUUAGCGAAUUUCCAGAGUGGGCAGGAGCAGGAGAAAAGGAUGCUUCAACAAGAAGAUACCCAAAAAGAAACCGAAUUCAACCGGCGAGAGAAUGGCUGGGGGAGUACGCACAGUACGAAGAAUUGAAAGGUUAAACGAUUUCUUGACAUUUUUUCACGCCUAAACCUUUUUUUUUUUUCAAAAAAUUUGUUUUCAGAUGGCCAUCGAGUUCUGAAAGGAGUCAGCCGAGUCUCGAUUAAAAGCAAAUCAUUCGCUAAAAUCCUCGGCCUCGUGAAAUAA